AUGUUGGCUGCCAUCCGACGGCCUCUGGCCACUAGGCAACUGCUGCUGAGACAUGCCAGUACAGAGGCAUAUACGCCACCAGAAUACCGGGAUUUAAAUGCACAAACCUGGGCCAAAUUGUCCGAGCCAGUGCGCGAAGAGCUGAUAGAGUAUUUCGCCUGGCGUAUGGAAGACCGCUGGCACACGAUAUCGCGGGAUGAAGCUCGUGCCGCUUACUUCAUCGGAUACGGGACAUGGGGCCCACGUGCUGCGAAGGGCAAUCCAACGCAACAACCUCCCGCGGGGGAGCUUGUGGGUAGGGCUAUAUUCUCGUUGGUGCUCUUCUCCGCGCUAGGUGUAGCAGCAUUCAAUCACGUGACCGACAAGCGCGUCCACGCGGCACUCGCGAGGCUCGAGGUGUCCGAUGUAUAA